UCUGGCAAGAGCCACGAAGCUGUGACGUGUCCUUGCACAACCGCAGACGUCCAAAGUCUGUCCAUCGUGAAGCAAUAGCCUUUGUCACUUGACAAGUCAGACAUAGAGUCAUAGCAUAGCAGACGUCCCUCGAUAUCUUUUCCCUUUAAUUUCAGUACUGCAACAAUGUCUGCACCAUAUAUCUACACACAACCGACCUACGAGCCUCCUCCAUAUUAUACUAUCCCGUAUACGCCCCAGCGAUCACCUUUCAUUCCUCCCAUAAAUCUAUUCCCGCCUUCUCCCUCUUCACCUUACGUCGAUCUUCCUGGAACGCUGAACACUUCUUACUAUCCUGAUGGAUGCCGUCCCCGUCGUCCUCCAUCUUGGCAUGGAGGGAUGCCUGCAACCACUCCCAGUCCCUCCUUUUUAGGGGUUCCAUUGCCGACCCACAACCGGCGGCAUUCAUUCGGCAGUGGUCAUCGCCCUGCUUGGCCAUACCAGACGUCAUCGCAGAACUUCCAGGUUCAUCCGCUUCUUAACGGAGAAGCAUAUGUGUCGGACUUCUACUUCGACAUCGCUAAUCCAGCUUUCGCGCCAUUGCGCAAAGUUGGUCCAAACCACACGGCUAUGGUGUCCGUUGAAGAACUAAGGGAGCCUGCUACAUUCCCAACCAUCACCCGCAUGCGUAUCACGCAUGACGCCAUUCCUCAAUGGCCUAUCAACUUGGAUCUCGUUCAUGGCGAGUACGACACAUCGGGCGCCCUGCCCCUAACGGUUGGCGAUGUUUUGUGGAUGAUCCACUCUUCCCUGCACCGCCAAAUCGCUCACUCUGACUGGGCCCAGCUGAGUCAGAGUCAAGAAACUGCGAUUGCACGAGCAUAUACCCGCAGAUAUAGGAGCAUUCCUUCAUCUGCUCAGCUCGAAGCAAGUCAAGGAGUCAAACGGAUUGAUUACUUGAUGGAAAGACAUGUCUUUAGGGGACUUGUCAGAGCUCCGGACGAAGAUGGUUACCUCCAUUGGAAGUUGUUGACGUGAAUGUUGCCGUUUCUUGUGACCUGUUCCCUUUGUGCUAUAUCUGUCACAAAUAUCUAUCGCCUUGGUUCCCCACUGAUUUUAUCUUGGAACUAUCUCACAUA